ACUCAAGAGGAAACACACGAAGUCGAACAUUCGAAAUAAAAUCCACUAUGGCUGCUCACUUCUCGCUAAUCUUUUUAAGUUUGUCGGCUUUGGUGUGCUGUUCCACUGGCGCCAUCGCUGGCCUUUCGUUAGAAGAGCAACUGCGGCAACUAAACGACAAUUACAUGGAAAUGAAAGAACUUUUGGCCACAAAGGACAGGCGAUUGGAGGCAUUGGAAGCUGACGCCAUCGAGCAGAAAUCUGUUAUAGCUGCCUUGCAACAGAGCGUGAGCGGCACGCAAGUCGCCGCUGCAAACAGACAGGGAACCUCGACAGUCCCACGAUCCUGCGCCGAUCUCAAGUGCAAGGGAGAGACUAUCAGCGGACUGUAUUCCAUCAUGGGAGCCAAAGCUGUCGAGAUGGUCUACUGCGACUUUUCUAAAGCAACUAACGAUGCGGGAUUCCAAAAGUGGCUGGGAUACGUUGACGUCAAAUCGGUUCCAACUUAUUUCUACGUCCAGAAAAACAGUUCCUUCACUACUCAAUACGUUCCAAUUCCGUUUGAAGUCGAAAGGGUCAACAUCGGAGGAGCCAUGAACUUGACAUCGGGGAUAUUCACGGCCCCAAGGCCGGGAACUUACUUUUUCGCUUUCACCGGAGACGUCCGUUUCUUGGGUCCGUCCACCAACAUUUUGGCUCUCAUCGUGGAACUUCAACUGAACGGUAAACGAGUUGGAUCCAGUCGGGUUACAGAGAGCAACACUGCCGGCAAUGUCCACAGCGAGUUGACCAUGCAGUCAACCCUGAAUUUGAUAGCUGGUGAUAAAAUUUCCCUCCAGAUUACCUUCAUGACCGCUGGAGGAGUUUCUUUUCUUUAUGACAAUCCAAAUGCUGACCAGCGCUUCAAUCACUUUACUGGUUGGCUGUUGGAAGAAAAUCUGGCUGGCUUACUGUAAAUGGUAAAUCAGCCAACUGGAAAACAUUUUGAUUGAUCUGUCCGAGUAUAAGAAUGAAAUAUCUCCUAUUCAACCCACGUAGUUAACACUGUUUUCCUUUCUAGUCCAUAACAAUAAAUGGAUACAAUUUUGGUGAAAGUAAA